CUCCACCGACGGCGUGCAUCUGGCAGGACCACACGCCGCGAGGAAAUCCGCACGCGCGAUCGGCCCAGGGCCUUGUCCUUCAGCUUGUCCCUCUCCUGCCAGCAUGACCAGCCACGCCCCAUCGAGCAGCGGCGCGCCCUCCGGGGGGCUCGCGCCGACCGCCGAGCCGGUGCAGGACCCCGCCGUUUCCGGGGACAGCGCGACUGCCGGCGCGACCGCCUCCACCUCGGCCACCUCGUCGCCCAUCAUCAGCAGCAUCGACUCGUACCGGCGCGAGUGGACCCUGCCGACGAAGCUGACCCCAGCGCAGAAAGAGCGCUUCCUGCGGGACACAAUUGCCUUUUGCCUGGCAAACCAGGUCCCCUGGAAGCCGAGCGCGCAGAACCACUUCCGCGCCGGCUCGCCGGCCGAAUACUAUGCCGAGCUGCUGUUCCGCUCGCGUAAGAACCUGAUGCUCUAUCCCCAUCAUCUGUCGCAUGAGCUGGCCACCUUCGUCGAGCGCAGCGCCCCCUUCGCAUACUACACGCACAUGCUGAUCGACCUGCUGGUUGAGGGCCGCGGCUAUGACUCGCUGCCCAACUUCACGGCGACCGACUGCUACCACUUCCUCGGCAUCGGGCGCAAUGAGUUCAUCGACAUCGCCAACCGCGGACGAAACAUCCUGGAGACCGGGACCCUUGGCGAGCUCGCCUCCCCGGACGAGGCAGAUGACCCUGCCACGGGGCCGCACCAGCCCGCGAGCCCAGGCGAGCAAGGCGCCUCCGCCCAUGAUGCCGACUCUUGGGUGCAGAUGGACGCCGGCUCGGAUUCGGAGUCGCUGCCCUCGCGCCUGGGCCACUGGCUACGGGGGAUCCCCCAAACCACCGGGGCCCUUCUCGAUCGGCUGAAGGGGUUCUCCCUGUCCUCGAAGUCGGACACACACCAGCGCGAGCAGCUCUACCUGAGGCUCAUGCCGACCACCCUGUCCGCCGGGUUUUCCAUCCAGCCCUGGUGGCGCGCGCGCCCCUGCUUCCCGGUGGGUGUGCUGGACCUCUCGACCCCGGACCAGCGCCGCGACUAUCGGGUUCGAGCGUUUCUCAACCAGGCGAGCGCCUUUCCCCAAGCACAGGACCUCCUCCGGGAGCUGCUCCUCCACGAGGUGCAGAUGCACCUACAGUACCGGUACUUCCUCGGGGAGAAGGGCCCGCAAAGCCCUCUGGCCGCCGAAAGCAAUCUCCUCUACCGUACCGGCGUGACGGACCCCUUCACCUACGAUGUGGCCGAGCUCGUGGGGUUCGGCAACUCCGGCAUCAUUUUCCCCCUGCAUGCGGCCUGCCUGCCGGGGGAGCAACUUCGCUUCCUGCUCGAGCGCGGCCUUGUCUAUCUGGAUGUGCCGAUCACGGACAAUGACAAGAUCUCCGUGCUUCUCCUGCGGAACUUCAUCAUGAACCGCCGGGUCCAGAGCGAUGCCAUCGAGAACCUCCUGUACCAGAUUUUCAUCUCCAUCGACGAUGCCACGUCGGUCUUUGACCUGAGUGACGUUCUGCAGAUCCGAGCUGAAUUGAUCCGAAAUGCCGUAUCCGUCUACUGUCGCCUGGGCCUGGCCGAGAAAAUCGACCCUCGGGACAGCCUGUACACGCAGUUCCGCCAUGCGGCGGUGUCCGUGCCGAAGUCCAUCUCGGCUCUCUUCCAGCCGGCGGCCCCAUCCCCCCCGGGGGGCCUGGCCGGGCGCACCUUCGGCUCGGCUUUGCUGCAGGACUUCUCCCAACUGCUCCCAGCGCGCUUCAGUACUGCCCUCCGGCCGGACACCAGUCUGCUGCUGGCCCAGCCGGACAGCUUCGACUCGGAUCUGGAGGAGGACGACACGGGCAUCGGCAGUGCGAGGGCCACCUCGCCGCUUGACAGCCUGAGCGCCACCUCGCCACGGCCAAUCACCACUGCCCGGCCCACGGCCGGCGAUUCCCUCGUGCCGGCCGACUCGCUGCCUCUCUUCCAUCCGGGGGACUUCGCCGGCAUGCUGCAGAGCGGGGACUUCCCCCGCGCCGGGUCACUGCCCUCGGCCGCCGGUCAGAUUGAUUUCCCGCCGGAGGUCCUUUCGCCGGUCCUGCCAACGCCCACCCUUCCCUCGGCCACCAUGCGGCCGCACUCCUUCUUUCCGCUGGUCCUUGACGCCGCCCUCAGUGCCGCCAUCACCAGCCCCGCGCCGGGGCACUCACCCCGGCGGCGGCCACGCUUUGGUCUUUUGAUUGACGCCAGUGUCACGGCCAUCCUGAUGAUGGGCGACCCGUCUGGCGCGAGCCGGUCUUCGGCCUUCAGCCCGCAUACUAAUCUCAAGUCCCACGCAGUGACCCUGUACGAGCGCGGCAAGAUUGCCAAUGUGGCCUGCGAUGACUUCCUCAACUCCCUGGCCUCCACUCUCCUGGGCGAGGCUUGGGAUGCGGAGGCGGCCGAACCGGCGGCCACCCCUCCGGGGCCCGACUACACGGCCCCCUACCUGUCAUCGGACCUGGUCCCCGGAACGCGGACCUACUAUGACCAUGUACUUGGCCUCUACAAGACUCUCUUCCUCCUGCGCCAUGGCUGGUGCCUGGCCCUGGACCCGGGUCUUCGUCAGCCGGCAUCUGUCGACAUCAUUCGCAUCGAAAGCCUCGCCAGUUUGGACCCCACGUCUCGGCGACGCGUCUUGGCGCGGAAUUACGAUGUCCUGGUGUCGACGGCCCCCUCGCCCGCCUCGCUCUUCCGGGUCUUCCCCCUGGCCGAAGACCAAUACCAUCUCCAGGGGCUCGAGGAGUUCGAUCACAUCUCCGGCGGUGGAUCCGGCUGGUCGCUCGGCUGCGGGGCCUUCGUUCCCUAUAUUGGGCCUCCGCAGUUGCCGGCUCGGCUGCGUGUCGGUGUCGAGCCCGGCGACUCGCUGCUAGAUCCGCAGAGCUCGGUCCUCGGGCCCGAUGGCACGGCCGCACGCGGCUCCGGUGCCGGCCAGGAGCCCGCCGCCCGGGCGGCCCUCGGCCCCGGCCCCAGCGGGACCGCCUCCACCGCCGGGACUGGCGUCGAGUACAACACCGCAGGGUCGGCUACAUGCUGGCUGUCACUCUUCAUGUAUCGAUCGGCCGGAUGCGGCCCCGCCUCGGUGGCUCUCCGCACUGGGACUCGUCUUCGGCGGCUGCCAGCCACUCUGUUGCCGUAUGACUACCUGGCUGUCAUGGUUUGGAGCGUCGCGCCCCAGGCAGCUCGCGAGGGCUCGCCGCACGACCCCCUGCAGGCGGGGCACUUUUUGGGUGGGCCCUUCCGCGGCGGGGUUUACGGCAGCGGGCAGCAGUUGCCCACUCCAACGGCCCCCGGACUGAUGGCCGGCGGAUAUGGCCGGGUCACCAUCAUCCCCCGGCGCCGUGCCCUGACCAUUCUCAAUGACCUGCUGCUGGACACGGCCCUCCUGGUGCAGGGCGUGUGCAUCCCGCCGGCCGACGAGGAGCCGGCCGUCACCGACGCAGCGCAGUCAAUCGAGCCGGUGCCGCCGUCGGGCUCGGGCAUGCGCACGCGCGCCCCUCCGGCGGCCGUGCUGUCUCAUGGUGGCGCCCUGCUGCAUGUGCCCUUCCCCUUUGAUGUUCCCCGCUUGGCCAAGGAGUACCCGGUGCUGGCCGGGACUCUGGUGGUGCGGGGUGGGCCGCCGACUGGCCGGGGGCCCACCGGGGCCGCUGCCGCCGCCGCUGCCGCCGCCGCUCGCGCGGUCCCCCUGCUGCGCCUCCUCUCUCGGAGCCUCUAUCUCGAGCGGACGGCCGGGUAUGUGACCUUCUGCCGGGACCGGCUGGCCCGGCACUCGGACUACCUGCGGGUUCAGCGCUCGAUGCCCGGGCCCCGGGCCACUUUUGUCUGGCUGCCGCUCAUGCUGCAGCAUGGCAUCCCGCUGGCCGAUCGGGACCUGGCCGCGGCCUGUUUGGCCCGAAUGGCCGGGUCCGGCGUCCUGGGCCUGGCUGCGGCUGGUGUUUUGGACCAGUGUCGGGAGGCCGGCAGCACCGGCGCCACGCCGGCCCCCACCACGGGCGAUCUGUCGGCCGUGACCGCCCUGUCACCCGGGGUGGGAGCUGGUGACCAGCCAGCCCCGGCCGCCGGCGCCGCGGCUGCCAAUGUCGGUGUCGGGGUGCUGGACUCCAUGCGUCUGACCCAGGCCCUGGUGGCCUUCAUCCACCAGGAGUGCCAUCCCGGCACCGGGGCAACGGCCCCCGGGCCGCUGGCCGAUCCCUUCUCGUCGCCCCUGUCAGCGGCCGCUGGGGCCGGGCUCCUGGCCGGCGGUGCCCCGAUCACCACCUCCUUCACCCGAGACUCCAGCCUCUCGCCAAGCGCACAGUUGGCCUUCGAGUCGGGCUCUCUGCGCCGGGUGGGCUCGCCAUGA